AUGACGAGCUUGCUGGUUGUGUGUUUGUGUGUGGUUGUGUGUCUGCAUGGCAGCGGUGAGGCGAACGAACGCGAGGGUUUCAUGCUUCUCGCAGGUCCACUUAAAAAUUCAGGCCAUAGGAAAAACGAGGUCUUUGACUGCGGUCAGUCCGUACCUCCUGGAACUGGACCGUACUUCGAGUACCUCCGGAGUAGAGGCGUGACGCAUUUCAAAGUACCGCUGUCGUGGAGUCGACUCCUACCCGCAGGCCUCAGCAGCCACCCCGAACAGACCGUGGUCACCUGCUACCGGACUCUGCUGACUCAGCUCACAAAGGCUGGCCUGCAGCCUCUUGUCGUCCUUGAUGGAUACGCCGUGCCGGAGACGCUACGAUCGCGGUUCGGAGGAUGGGAGAGCGAAGAUCUGCGGCGGAUGUUUAUGUCGUACGCCGAGUACGUCUUUGGGGAGUUUGCAGAUCUGGCACCUUCCUGGCUGAUACUGAGUCAUGUGGACGAUGCUAGUUAUCAGCGACAUAUACUCAAGUUAUAUCCAAGUAUUUACCAACUCUACCAUCAACGCUUCAAAGGGAAAGUUUCACUGGAGCUGACCGCGGGUGAUGUCGCUACGCUUUCACAGAUUCAACCUUCAAUUACCAUGCAUUACCUCCCCGUGCACUUGGAGUACAACUGCGUCUCCACAUUGGAUUUGGCAAAAGAGCUGAAAGGGUUGCAGAUGGCCAGUAGGGGUGUGCCCAUCCUAGUGUACCAGCUGACACUCCUUGAUUGCACGGACAGUCAGUUCCAGGCUCUUGGAAAUUUUCUACAAGUUCUGAAAAACAAUGACGUGGAACUUGAAGGAUGUGACGUUAUGGACAUGCUAGGUAUGAUGGAUAUGGAGGACUUUCUUACCAGUGGUGAUUUUGAAUUCUUCAGUGGAACAACGUGGAUAGAAAGCAGCUAUCAGACUGUGUGGGAUACGUUUGGCAAACAGGUCGAAUCUGAACGAGAUGUGCUCCUGAACGGAUCGUUCCCCUCCAAUUUCCAAUGGGCAACCUCCAGUGAGGCCUUCAAAGUUGAAGGCGGCUGGGCUGAAGGCGGGAAGGGAGAAACCAUUUGGGAUCGCUUUGGUCAUGAGAACAAAGUCAUGCAUAAUCAAACGGCGGAUCAGGCUUGUGACAGUUACCACAAGGUGGAUUAUGAUGUCUACCUUCUGCGAGGUCUUCAAGUCAACACCUAUCAGUUUUCUAUCUCUUGGGCACGCAUUUUCCCUUCAGGCUAUCAGAAAAGCAAAUCAGAUAGAGGAGUUCUCUAUUACGAUAAGUUGAUUAAUGCUCUCAUUGAGUCUGGAAUACAACCAGUUGUCACCUUGUACCACUGGGAUCUACCCCAAGAACUCCAGAAUCAUGGUGGCUGGACCAAUGCUUCCAUCAUUGACGCCUUCAAAGACUAUGCUGAUUUCUGCUACUCCACAUUUGGGGACAGGGUCAAGACCUGGAACACGUUCAGCAGCCCUUGGGUAGUUAGCCAUGCUGGAUAUGGAACUGGUGAGCAUCCCCCUGAAGUGGGGGAUUAUGUUGUGGCGUCCUAUCAGGUCACUCACAAUAUAAUAAAGUCUCAUGCAGAGGCAUGGCAUGUCUACAAUGACAAAUACAGAAGCAUACAGGGUGGUAAAGUGGGAAUCGCUUUAAACUCGGACUGGGCUGAGCCUAUGGACCCUUCCAGACCGGAGGAUAUAUCAUCUGCGUAUCGGUAUUUGCAAUUCAUGCUUGGAUGGUUUGCGCAUCCGAUAUUUGUAAACGGGGAUUAUCCUGCAACGCUAAAGAGUCAGAUCGAAAAGAAAACCGAUGAAUGUCCUCAUUCAAAGCCUGCAAUUCUUCCAGUGUUCACACCCACAGAGAGUCUGAGGAUCAACGGAACAGCUGACUUCUUUGGAUUAAACCAUUAUACAUCACGUCUGGUUAAAAACGCUGAUGGUGGUUGUGCCCCAGGUCCGCAGGGGGUGGGUAAUUUUCAAGCCAGUAUUGAUCCAUCAUGGCCCCCUACAGCGUCUGGUUGGAUCUAUUCUGCACCUUGGGGUCUAAGAAGGCUUCUGAACUACAUCUCCACUGAGUACUUAAACAUGAAAAAAGUGCCUAUUUAUAUAACAGGCAAUGGCAUGCCAACAGACCAGGGUGAGGACCCGCUUAAUGACACGAGUAGAACUGAGUACAUGAGAAGUUAUAUCAAUGAGGCUCUAAAAGCAAUAUCACUGGAUGGGGUGGAUGUGCAGAGAUUCACAGUGCAGUCACUAAUGGAUGGAUUUGAGGGGAAACAAGGCUACGGUGAAAGGUUUGGCCUUCAUCUUGUCAACUUUGAAGACGCGGACAGGCCAAGAACCCCAAAACAAUCCGCAUACUUCUACUCCCAUGUUAUAAAACAAAAUGGAUUUGGCUCACCCAAGGAUGGUUUGAAAGUGAUCUCAAUGCAGUUCAACCCUCCUUUGAAAGUUUUACCUCCUUCAGAAGUUCCAUCCACGUCAAUGAUUAUCUGGGAGAAAUUUUCUCACCAGUCAAAAUUCCAAAGAAAGAUAUACCACUACGGCACUUUCCCAGCACAUUUUAGUUGGGGAGUCUCAUCUUCGGCUUACCAGAUUGAAGGUGGCUGGAAUGUCGAUGGGAAAGGACCGAGUGUUUGGGAUGUAUUCACCCAAAAACCGGGCACUAUACCAGACAAUGCCAGUGGAGAUGUGGCCUGUGACAGUUACCACAGACUUGAUGAGGACCUCUACAUGCUGCGAGCACUGCAGGUAAAAUCGUAUCGUUUUUCAUUGUCCUGGUCCCGGAUCUUUCCUUCUGGUCAGCGAAGUUCCCUAAACCAGAAGGGUGUUGACUUUUACAACAAAUUCAUUAAUGGCCUCUUGGCAAACAACAUUGCCCCGAUGGUUACAUUGUACCACUGGGAUCUCCCUCAGGAGUUGCAAAAUAUUGGCGGCUGGGAGAACUCAGACAUGAUCGGUCUUUUUAAUGACUUUUGUGAUUUUUGCUUUUUUACCUUUGGAGACAGAGUGAAAUUUUGGAUUACAUUUAACGAGCCACAUACAAUAGCAUGGUCGGGAUACGGACUUGGAAAGAUUCCACCAAAUGUAAAGAAUCCGGGAACUGCUCCUUAUAGAGUUGCACACAACCUGAUAAAAGCACACGCCAAAACCUACCACACGUACGAUGAAAACUACCGCAACUCCCAAGGGGGACAAGUAUCCAUCGCGCUCAGUGCUGACUGGGUUGAACCUAAAGACGCCAAUGUUCCACGCGAAAUCCAAGCUGCGGACCGUGCCAUGCAGUUUCGUUUGGGUUGGUUUGCACACCCAAUUUUCAAGAACGGCGACUAUCCUGAUGCAAUGAAGUGGCAGGUGGGAAACAAAAGUGAACUCCAAGGUCUUCCAGAUUCAAGACUACCUUAUUUCACUGAAGAAGAAAAGACGUACAUCAGGGGGACUGCAGACAUGUUCUGCUUAAACCAUUACACUACAAAGAUUGUUAGUCAUAUGACAGCUCGGCUUAAGCCUCAGUCAUAUGAACAUGAUCGUGACUUGACGGAAGAAGAGGAAGGUGAUUCCCAAGCUACUGCCAUCAGCAACCAGCGAGCUGUGGCAUGGGGCUUAAGGAGAAUCCUCAACUGGCUAAAAGUGGAAUAUGGCGAUCCAGAGAUUUACAUCACUGAGAAUGGAGUAGCAACGGAAUCAAAGACAAGCUGGGAUGACUCUGCCAGGGUGUUUUAUUUCAAGACCUAUAUUAAUGAGGCUCUCAAAGCCUACGAUCUUGAUGGAGUGAAGGUGAAAGGAUACAUAGCGACAUCUCUCAUGGAUUCAUUUGAGUGGCUUAAUGGGUUCAGAGUUGGAUUUGGGUUACACCAUGUUGACUUCCAGAACCCAAACCGCCCGAGAACUCCUAAGUACUCUGCCCACUACUACUACCAAGUCAUAAAGAACAAUGGUUUUCCUACACCAGAGGACGAAAAGCCACUUUAUGGACAUUUCUGCAAAGACUUUAUCUGGAGUACUGCAACAGCGUCAUACCAGAUCGAAGGAGGUUGGAGAGCAGACGGGAAAGGUCUCAGCAUAUGGGACAAGUUUGCUCACACUCCCCUCCGAGUGUACAACGAUGAUAAUGGGGACAUUGCUUGCGACAGUUACCACAAGAUAGACGAGGAUGUUUCCAUGUUGAAGCAACUUAAGGUGACACAUUAUCGUUUUUCCAUAUCAUGGCCAAGGGUUCUUCCUGACGGCACCACCAGACGCGUAAAUGAAGCGGGACUAAAUUACUACCUUAGACUGGUAGAUGCCCUGCUUGACGCAAACAUCCAACCUCAUAUCACUCUCUACCAUUGGGAUCUUCCGCAAGCUCUGCAAGAUCUUGGAGGAUGGGAGAAUGAAACAAUUAUCCUAAAAUUCAGGGAUUAUGCUGACCUCAUUUUUAGCCGACUGGGUCACAAAGUGAAAUUUUGGAUUACCAUAAAUGAGCCUUACAAUAUCGCAAAUGUUGGCCAUGGUUAUGGAGCUGCUGCACCAGGGAUCAGUUUUAGACCCGGCACUUUGCCUUACAUUGUGGGCCAUAACUUGAUAAAAUCUCACGCCGAGGCCUGGCACCUUUACAACGACAAGUUCCGAUCCAAGCAGGGAGGGAUCAUCUCCAUCACCAUCAACUCGGACUGGUCAGAGCCGAGAAACCCUUAUAAGCAGGAGGACAUCGAUGCUGCCAGACGAGUGGUGCAGUUCUACAUCGGAUGGUUUGCCCAUCCCAUAUUUAACGGCGACUACAGCGAUAUGAUGAAGACGAUCAUUCGCAGGCGAAGUUUAGCAGCUGGUCUACCAAAAUCUCGGUUGCCGGAAUUUACCUCAGAGGAGAUUGAAAGAAUCAAGGGAACUUAUGAUUAUUUUGGUUUCAACCAUUACACCACAGUCCUGGCCUUUCCUGUGGACUACGGAAACCUUCAGCAUUAUGAUGCUGACAGAGGCGCAGGAACGAUUGCUGAUCGCACUUACCUAGAUUCAGGGUCAUCCUGGCUAAAGGUCUCCCCGUUUGGAUUCCGGAGAAUAUUAAAGUUCAUUAAGGAGGAAUAUGGAAAUCCACUUGUCAUUAUCACUGAGAACGGCAUCUCAGAGCGUGGGCCUGUAGACCUGAAUGACGUCCACAGGAGCUACUAUUAUGAGAAAUACAUCAACCAGGUGUUGAAAGCUUACUUGUUGGACGGGGUGAAUGUUAGAGGUUACACGGCUUGGUCAUUGAUGGACAACCUGGAGUGGGCCACCGGCUUUUCAGAAAGGUUUGGCCUUUUCUACGUCAAUCGCUCCGACCCCAAACUUCCUCGAUUGGCCAAGACCUCCGUCUUCUCCUACGCAACCAUCAUCACCUGCAAUGGAUUCCCGGACCCUGCUUCUGGGCCGCAUGACUGUCUAAACCAAGAAGUGGAAGGGACAAAUGUUCCUAGCACAUCUCUUCCCUCCGUCGACACCGUGGACUUCCUCGGCAUGACCCUUUCCACCGGUGACGCUGAGACUGGCCUCUACACCAUGUUUGCUGCGUGCAUCGUGGCGGUGAUUGCCAUUAAAGCAGGCAGUGGGGAACUAAGACAGCAGUGA